ACUAAUCCAUCCGAUUUUGUUGACAUUUGUCAUUUGGUAGUCAUAAGUCAUUAAAAAGGUAGUCUAGGAUUAAUUAAGAUUUUAAUUUUAAUGCUAUAAUUACCUAGUUCCAUUAAUUAAAACAAAGUGUAAAUAAGGGAAAUGUUUAAGUUUCAACAAAGAAAUCUGUAAUGAAUAUAGGAUAUUACGCCCACGGAAGUCCUAGUCGAGAAUCGGGCGUUGUUAGUGAUUGUGAUACGAUGGCGGAAUUAGCUGCACUUUUAUGUUCCGAAAUACCAGAAGGGCGUAGCAACCUAACCGAUAAUCAUGGAAACUUGGAAAGGGUUGCGGAAUAUUGUGAAGCCAAUUACUUUCAGUCGGAAAAUAAGCGUGUCGCUCUUGAAGAGACGAAAAAUUACACCACCCAGUCUCUUGCCAGUGUGGCAUAUCAGAUCAACACGUUGGCGUACAAUUUCCUUCAGCUUUUAGAGCUACAGUCUGCACAGUUAGCCGAGAUGGAGAGCCAAAUGAAUCACAUCUCGCAAACUGUUAUGAUUCACAAGGAGAAGGUGGCGAGGCGUGAAAUCGGUGUGCUUACUGCUAAUAAGUCUACUACUCGUCAGUACAAAAUAAUUGCACCAGCCAAUCCAGAAAAGCCAAUCAAGUAUGUGCGCAAACCAAUUGAUUUUACAGUUUUAGAUGAUAUUGGUCACGGAACGCGUAACACUGGAACGCCUCGCCAACUAAAACAGCGAGGUUCUAGUCAAGGUAGCAUUCAGUCGAUGAUCGGUAUUGCCGCAAUGCAAAACAUUGUGGGUAAUUCAGUAGGCCCGCCGCCUACCACCAAACCACCCACCCCUCCUCAGGUUUCACGUACAAACAGCAAGGUGUCUGUUUCGGGGGGAACACUAAGUAAAGGUUCCAGGGAGUAUCGCACACCUCCAGCCGUUGCCCCACCACAAGUUCCGAGCCAUUAUGCUCCCAAUUACCCCAUUGGGCACCCUCGAAGGUCGAGUGAGCGGGGUCCAGGCUACAGCACUUUGCCAAUGGCCCCUAAUCAACACCAGCCAAUGUCGCCUCCUCAAGUAGGUAUGGUACACCCCUUAAACUCCCAGCAAGCGCUACAACAGCACCCACAAACACCACCCCCGCCUCCACCUCCAACGGUUGUUUCUUACGUUUCGGAUCAUCACAUGUCUAUGCCACCUCCACCAUCUCCACUUGUGACUCAAGAAAUGACAUUGCCAGAUUUAGACAUGCGACAGUCUAUCACUUUGCCUCAUCACGCACCACUUCCACAGGGAGGUGUUGGCAUGAACACGCUCUCCCACCAUCAACGUUUAUCCCGAAGCAGCGGUGCGCAGUCGCCUCCCUUACCGCCUCCACCCCCACCGGAAGACGAGCACGAAGCAUUCGGACGACCUCGCGCGUCUGGUGUUAUGCCGAUCGUGCCGGAUGAGGAGGAUUUGCCGGGGUGGGUUCCCAAGAAUUACAUCGAGAAAGUUGUCGCAAUUUAUGAUUACUACGCGGAUAAGGAUGAUGAACUGAGCUUUCAAGAGAGUUCGGUUAUUUAUGUUUUAAAAAAGAACGAUGAUGGUUGGUGGGAAGGUGUUAUGGAUGGUAUAACUGGAUUAUUCCCCGGGAAUUAUGUUGAGCCGUGUGUGUAAUGGAUUAUUAUAAUUUUUAAGCAGUGGGUUUUAUAAGGAUGCAUUUGUAUAAAAUUUUUGUAGAAAUAUGAUGUACUCAUUUCGUAUUCCAUAUGUAUUUGCUAUGCAAUUCAUUACAUUUAUCAAUAAACUUUUAUAGACUA